AUGGCUUCAUUCAAGCAUAUCGCCCUCCUUGGUAAAGGAAUGCUCGGUUCUGCUGUCCUGUCACAGCUACUUGAUCAAGGCUUCGAUGUCACCCUAUUCACUCGCUCCAAGUCCUCCGUCAAAGACCUGCCUUCAGGAGUUCAAGUUGCAGAAGUCGACUACUCUUCGCUCAGUAGCUUGAUCGAUGCUCUGAAGGGCAAAGACGCGGUGGUUUCUACCGUAGCUCCAGCAGCUAUACCGGAGCAGAAGAUUAUCAUCGAUGCUGCUAUCGAGGCGGGCGUGAAGCGAUUCAUCCCGGCGGACUUUGGAGCACUGUCUACUGAUCCCCUUGCCAAAGAUCUCCCAAUCCAUAUCCCGACGACACAAAUACGACAGUAUUUGGCUGAAAAGGCAGCAGACGGCCAAAUCGAGUAUACCGUCUUCUCCAACGGCCUUUUCAUGGAGCUGAUUUUCUCCGUCCCUUUCUUUUUCGAUCACGUCAACAGAAAAGUCGAGCUGGUUGACAACGGCGAGAAUCCCUUUAGUGUCACUACCGUAGCUUCCAUCGCGAAGGCCGUCACGAAUCUGUUAAAGAACCCGGAAGGGACCGAGAACCGCAUCAUCUUCAUCCAUGACAUGACUGUAACGCAAGCACAACUUGUGAGGCUGGUCAAAAAGCACCUAUUGUCUGAUCCAGAAUGGACCGAGACAAAGGUGGAUGCUGCAGUCGAAUUGCAGAAGAGCCUCGAAAGCUUUGCCCGGGAAGGAUUCAACUUGGUGAAUGGAGCCGGUUUGCUGCGGUCAGCUCUCUGCGGCGGGAAAUAUGCGAGCGCGUAUAAGAACGUGGAGAAUGAGCGUUUUGGUCUGGAGCUUUGGACCGAGAAGGAGUUGGAUGCGUUUGUUGCUUCGAAGAUUCAGUAA